AUGCCACCGCGAAAGAAAGCAAAGGUCAGUGCGGCUUCUACGCCGCUCGGGGACGGCCAGCCCGGAACACCGCAGGCCUCGGCCGCAUUGGCGCCCGCUCAGGACGAGCUCCUCAACGAUCCAUGGGAGGACGAGCAGGAGAUCCAACUGCUGAAGAGCAUGAUGAAGUGGAAGCCGACCGGCCUGCACAAGCACUUUCGCAUGAUCUCCAUACACAACGACAUGACGUCCCACGGCUUCGCGACUGAAAAGGCCCCACACACGCGCAUACCCGGCAUCUGGAAGAAGCUGGACCAGCUCUACGACCUCGAGACACUUGAUGCGCGCGAGAACGAGUUCACCUUCUCAGAAGACCCCGACUCGGCGAGCCGCGAGGAACCUGAGACUAUCCCAGACUUCGAGCUGCCCGAAGAAGAGUUCGGCGCCAUGAUGUGGCAGUCACGCUUCCGCGACGCUGAGUCGUCUGAGGCCUCAUCCCCGCCCAUGAUGCCUGUCGAAGACGAGAAGGCGCUGUAUAUGCCGGGCCUAGGCCUGCUCAAGGAUCUACCGGACGGCGUGCAUUCGCACAAGGCAGAGAGCGUGGCAGACGCAACGCCGCCGCCAAAGAAGAGCACAAGAGCUAGUAGAUCGACUGUCAAGAGCGGGAAGGGAGCAAAAGCUGGAGCCGCUGCUGCCAAAACCACAAAGGCCCAGUCCACCGUAUCAGACUCCGAAGAAGAAGAGAACGAGGAAGAUGACGACGAUGAAUCCAGCUCCGAAUCAGAGGAGGAGGACAGUGCUCCUACUACACGAAGGACCAACCGAACAAAGGCGAAGCCUGCGCCCAAGCGGACGAGGAAGCGAUGA